AGUUCAAUUUGAUCUGUGAAGAUGAAAGCAACUUAUUUUGGUCUUUAUGCCAUCUUAUUGGCACUUUCCUUAAGCCUUUGUCAUGCAAAGUCUUACGAAAAUUAUAAGGUCUACCAAGUAUCUCCCGAAAAAGAGGAUGAUCUACGAGUACUCAUCCCUUGGACUGAGAGGGAAGGCGUUGAUUUUUGGGAUACCAGUGCAGAGCCAAGGAUCAUGGUCAGUCCAGUAGGUCAACAAGAAUUCGAGGAUUUUCUACAACUCAGUAAAUUGCCAUAUACAGUGGUCAUUGAAAACGUAGAAGAGACAGUUGAACGCGAACGGCAGGAACAAAGGGAAUACUGGACUAAACGAGAAAUUACGCCACGUCAUACGGACGAUUUUCAGCAUUUCUGGAGCUAUGACGAGAUAAACGCUUACCUACGUAGAGUAGCACAAGAUAACCCAGAAUAUGUCACUCUUUUGAACCUAGGACAAAGUUUCGAAGAACGUGAAAUCCUUGGAGUGAGAAUAACAGCGCCUGGAAAUGAUGCUCAAAGGCCAAUUAUCUAUGUCGAUGCUACAAUUCAUGCACGAGAAUGGGCUGCUCCCAUGGUAGCUGUCUACCUCAUUCAUGAACUAGCUGAACAUACCAAUGAUCAUCUAAGCGUUUUGACCAAUGUCGUCUGGAUCAUACAGCCUCUUGUUAAUCCCGAUGGAUACGUUUUCACAUCUGCCGAAGAUGGUGAUAGAUUUUGGCGCAAAACUCGAACAAUUAAUGAGAAUACAGAGUGCCUAGGUGUUGAUGCCAAUCGAAACUACGAUCACUACUGGGCCAAUGGAAACUCUGCCUCGUUUUGCAGCCUUACCUAUUCUGGCACUGCACCAUUUUCUGUGGUUGAAAGUCGAAUUGUGAGAGAUAUUGUCUUAGCAAAUCAAGACAGGAUGAAACUCUACGUUAGUACCCAUUCUUACGGACAACUCUUCAUGUACCCAUUCAGUUCCCAUAAUAACGUUUUCCCAGAAAACUUCCGUUUUCAACAUGAGGCUGGUGAUGUCUUCGCCGAGGCCCUUUACAAUGUUCGUCAAACCCAAUACCGUGUUGGAAAUGGCGCUGGAAUACUAGGUAUUUCAUCGGGUACCAGUAAAGAUUGGACAUAUUCCGGUCCUGGCAUUCCCUUGUCCUACACACUAGAACUUCCCGGAGGUGGCAGUAAUGGAUUCGAUCUUCCUGCCACUGCCAUUGAGGGCGUGAUCACAGAGACUUUUGCAGGCCUACGUGCUAUCGCUGAAUUUGUUGUCGAUCGCUACUAUCCACUAUCAGACGCUUAAGAUAACACACACGCAAAUACAUUUUCGCCAAGAAAGUAAAAUUAUGUAAACCUCUGAGAAAUAUCAAUCAGAUGCAAUAUAAGAAAUUGAA